AACCGGAAAAGGAACUCUUUUGCCGCGGACCCAAACCGGAAGCUGCCUUCCCGGCGGAGAGGCCGCUGGGGAGGAGCGGGCCGCGGCCGAACGUGGGGAGAGCGUUUCGCCGCGCGGUUCGGCGCUCGAGCCGGGACCGGAGUUCGGAACGACGCGGCUCGAAGCAGAGUACUGGCGCAGAAUUGUGAUUCUGCUAAUGUCCCAUCAGAUGGGUAUUGCCCUGCUUGCAGAGAGAAGGGAAAGUUAAAAGCCUUAAAGACUUACCGAAUUAGUUUUCAAGAAUCUAUCUCUUUGUGUGAGGAUCUGCAGUGCAUCUAUCCUUUGGGCUUUAAAUCACUUAAUAACUUAAUUUCUCCUGAUUUGGAAGAUCAUCAGACUCCAAAUAAGCCUCAAAAAAGAAAGCUCUUGGAAACCAGCUAUAGAGACUCAUCUCCUUUAGCAAAUUCCAAAAAGAUUAAAGACCGUAUCGUCACCGGUAGCGACCGGGUUUUGGGCAGCAGACGUUCUGAAGAGGCCCGUGAUGAAGCCGCAUCGGACAUACCUGGCUCACCACACGGUGGUCAGCGGGACCCAGUUAGGGCCGAUAAUUCCUUGGAGCACGACGAGAUAUUGGAAGCUGCUAUUGCUGACGUGGCUGCUGAAGAAGAUGCUGCUACAGUGGGUGUUUCUGGAACUGGCAACGCUACCCCUCAAAAUGAAGGAGGCACGCCUGGACUGGAAACGCCGCUGGAGAGCAGGUGCAGGUCGUUUUGCCGGACUGUGUGUGUGCAGUGGAGAAACUCUCAUGCCCUCUGUUGGUUGGACUGCCUCCUGUCAGCGCUGGUGCACUUGGAAGUGCUGAGGAAGGCUGUGCUGACCCACCUGUGCGCCAAAGAGGACUCCGUGUUCUGGCAGCUGUUCACACAGUACAGCCGCGCCAGCGAGCUGCUGCACGCCAGCCAGGUGGAUGGAGUCGAAGGUGGAGAUUGUAAACAACUUAAUUCAGAAAUCUUUGCAAAGAUAGAGGCCUGUCUGAAUGAAGUCAGAGAUGAAAUUUUUCUUAGACUCCAGCCUCAGCUUAGAUGCACAUUAGGUGACAUGGAAAGCCCCGUGUUUGCCUUUCCCCUGCUCUUAAAAUUGGAACCCUGCAUUGAAAAGCUCUUCACGUACUCUUUUUCUUGGAACUUUGAAUGUUCACAGUGUGGUCACAAGUAUCAAAACAGAUGUACGAAGAAUCUGGUCACCUUCACAAAUGUCAUUCCUGAGUGGCACCCGCUUAAUGCUGCCCAUUUUGGUCCAUGUAACAACUGCAACAAUAAGUCACAGAUAAGGAAAAUGGUGUUGGAAAAACUGUCCCCCGUGUUCAUGCUGCACUUCGUGGAAGGCCUGCCGCACAGCGCCUUGCAGCACUACGUGUUCCGUUUCGAGGGCGCUGCGUACCACGUCACCGCCGUGAUUCAGUACCAAGCAAAUAAUCACUUUAUAACGUGGAUUUUAGAUGCCGAUGGAAGCUGGCUGGAGUGCGACGACUUAAAAGGCCUGUGUUCCGAAAGGCAUGAGAAAUUGGAAGUUCCUGCUCCAGAGAUCCACAUUGUCAUCUGGGAAAGGAAAACAUCCCGCAUGACAGACCCAGCAGCCGCCUGUCUUCCGCUGCGGAAGACCGACGAUGGGCGUGCUUCUGGUCCCGGUACCGGGGACCCGGGGUCCCCAGCAUCGUGUUCCGUCAGUGGUGCUGCCUCGGCCGGCACGACCUCAGUAAGUCACCCCACAGGCGUGUCCGUCGCUUCUGACACUCUCUCGCAGGAUGAAGCUGUCACUCACGGGCAUCUUCUGCUUGCCGAUCCAGGAGGUGUGAUUGACAGUCAGAUUUUACCUUUGGCACUUGAAGGAAUCCAGGUUAACUCUGAGGAUUUCCUAUUAGAAAAUGGACCCGUGGCGGGAAAUGAAGUUGCCAGAACAGACGCUGCGCAGUCCCAGGAGUCACUGAUGGCUUCUUUCGUGUCAGCUCCACGUAAGGAAAAGCUUUCCCAAGACCAGUUUGCGGAUUCAAGCUUUCCGUCUCGGACUGUGAAUGCAGAUACACAGUCAGCACAGCGGAAUACGGAGGGCAUGGUCGUCGCCACCGCUGUGACUGACACUCGUGCUGCUGACCCCACACAGGGGGUGAAGUCAGCACACGUGGAGGGGGCAGUUGCCCCAGAAAAGUCUGUUCCGUUCAAACAACUCCUUUCACCAGAAACUGAGAAAUUAAAACCAGAACAAUGUGUUACACUUGAGAUACGCAAUUUGAAGAAAAAAGAAACUUCUUUGAAGAAAAAAAAAACUUUAACGUUUUCUCAAAUGGCCAAGCCCGUCCCGGACCCACCUCUGGAAGCAGCUCGGAAGAAACCGUUCGUGGGAAGCUGGGUCCAGGGCUUACUAAGCAAGGGCGCCUCUUUUAUGCCGCCAUGCGUUUCAGCUCACAGCAGGAGCGCCGUAGCCGACCUGCAGCCUUCGGUGAAGGGGGCCAGUAAUUUUGGCGGCUUUAAAACUACAGGUAAAAGGCAGAAGGCUAACCAGGCAUCCAGGCGAGCCCGUGGGUGUGCGAGCAAGCCGCCUCCGGCCAGCGGCCCUCCGGCCAGUCCCCCGUGGCCUGGCGGCGCGGCCUUGCCACAUGCCGUCGUCAGCGCCAGCCCGCGAGUCGUGGCAAGGUGUGACAGCGCCUCCCUCGGAGCUCCCCUUGGCCACGGCUCUCACAGAGAUGACAUUGACGUUUCUUCCACAAACCCCGGAAACUCCGUUGAAGGUCAGAUUCAUAAACUUCGUCUAAAACUUCUUAAGAAACUUAAGGCAAAAAAGAAGAAGUUAGCUGCUCUUAUGUCUUCCCCGCAGAACGGAAAGCUUCCAGGUGAAAAUGUAGAGCACGUGUCCCAUUGUGGGUCUCCGAAUGACGGUGAGUCGAUCGAAGACUUGUUAAAAGAACUGCAGUAUCAGAUCGACCUUGCUGAUAAUAAAUGUGGGGGCGCCACCGUCCCCGGCGUUGCCCCAUACGGCACUCAAGCUCACGAAGACAUCUUAGCAGAGCUGCUGUCCCCGGCAGCCGUCUCCGCGGUGCUGUCGGAGCCCGGCGAGGCCGACCUCCGGUAUCUGGAGGUGGGAGAGAACCGCGUCCCAGCCCCGGUGCCCAGCGAACUAAGCAGCGUUCCCCGCCACGCACGCCUGGGACAGGACCACGAUUCCCGUAGCCCCGCCAAGGACAACCAGUGCGGGGUCCAGCCAGCCCCACUGACAGGCCACGCCUGCAGCAGAACCCCAAGCUGGGAGAGCCCCGUGAAGCCUGACGUCUUCGAUGACUUGUUUUCCACUUCGGCACUAAACUCCUUAGCACACGACACAUUAGACUUACCUUAUUUUGAUGAGUAUCUG